AUGGAAAGCCAUGGCAAGUACUGGAUGGUGAUGAUUACGCUGAUGAGCAUAAAUGCUUUGGUGCUCACUAAGACUUCUCUUCAAGAGGAUGCAAAGUGGUUAUUGCAGGUGAAACUUGAUUUUCAGGAUCCUCUUAAGGUUAUGGAUAACUGGUCUAAUGAAACAACCAUAUGUGAAUGGAAUGGGAUACUUUGCUGUCCUGAUGGAGUUAGAAUAAUUGGUUUAAAUUUAUCUAGUUCAAGCUUGUCUGGGAAGAUAUCCCCUGCAUUAUCUAAUCUUCAGUAUCUUCAAAUUCUAGAUCUCUCAUCUAAUUAUCUCCAUGGUGCUAUCCCUUCUUCCCUUGGAAAUCUCUCCAGUUUAUCUGAGCUAUUGUUGUAUUCUAAUGAGCUUUCUGGACCCAUUCCCAACGAAAUUGGACUUCUGAAGAAGUUAGAGGUUUUGAGAGCAGGCGAGAACAUGCUCUCUGGUAGCAUUCCAGAGGAGAUAUUGCAAUGCACAGAACUUAGAAUAUUGGGGCUUGCUUCCUGUGUUCUAGAUGGAUCCAUACCUGCAAAACUUGGGCAGCUUUUACACUUGAGGAGCCUGAAUUUGCAGGAGAAUUUUUUUAGUGGAUUCAUACCUGCUGAGAUAGAAAAUUGCAAGUACCUUGAGAUCUUUUCAGCAGCAAUGAACUAUCUAGAAGGGUCAAUACCAUCUGCAUUGAGCAAUUUGACAAUGUUGCAGACAUUGAAUUUAGCUAAUAACAGUCUCUCUGGGCACAUUCCUCCUGAGUUUGGAAGGCUUAAGACACUGAAUUAUUUGAAUCUUCUGGGAAAUCACUUGGAUAGGAAUAUUCCUAGGGAAUUUAGCCAGCUUUUCAAGCUGCAGACUCUAGAUUUAUCAAGAAAUAAACUUUCAGGAAUCAUUCCUGAGACAUUGAACAAACUUGAAAAGAUUCAGUUCUUGGUUUUGUCUGAAAAUUCUUUUAUAGGUCCGAUUCCCAAUAAUCUCUGUGCCAGAAGCGUGUCAUUGCAACAUCUUAUUCUUGGUGGAAAUAAUCUUUCAGGGCCCAUUCCUGAGGGGUUAAUCCAUUGUUCAAAUCUACAGCAGCUGGAUCUCUCCAACAAUGCAUUGAAUGGAUCAAUUCCCAGCAAUAUAGAUAGUCUUGGGAAUCUGUAUGAUCUUCACUUGCAUAACAACAGUUUGACAGGAAAUAUCCCUCCUACAUUGGGGAACCUUACUAGCCUAGAAACUCUUUCCUUAUACCAUAAUCUAUUGACUGGUACCAUCCCCCCUGAACUUGGUAAAUUGAAGAAUCUAAGCUUGCUUUUUCUUUAUGAAAAUUUGUUGUCUGAUAGCAUCCCUAUGGAAUUGGGUAACUGUUCUAGUUUAACCCAGAUUGAUUUCUUUGGAAACCAGUUUACAGGAAGUAUCCCAAUCACUCUUGGAAGGCUAAAAUGUCUGAAUUUCCUUCAUUUGAGACAAAAUAACCUAGAUGGCGAAAUCCCUCCAACCUUGGGACACUGCAAAAGCCUUCAAGUGAUAGAUUUGGCCGAUAACAAUCUUUCUGGAACAAUACCAGCAACUUUUGGAUUGCUUGAAAAUUUGCAGGUGCUUGUUCUGUACAAUAAUUCCCUUGAAGGACCUGUCCCUAGAGACUUCAUGCAUUUGAAAAACCUUACCAGAGUGAAUCUCUCCAGUAACAAGUUAAAUGGAAGCAUCAGUCCUCUCUGUGCCUCAAGUUUUCUUAUCACAUUGGAUUUGACAAAUAAUAGCUUCUCGGGGGGAAUCCCCUCCCAGUUAGGCAAAUCAAGAGGUUUGCAUCGCCUACGAUUGGGUAGGAAUUUCUUGAAUGGUAGAAUCCUUAGAGAGAUUGGUCAGAUGAGAGGGCUUCGUCUUUUGGAUUUAUCUUGGAAUAAGCUCGAAGGUGAGCUACCUGCAGAACUUGCUAAAUGCAAGGGGCUAGAUCAUCUGGACCUCAAUAAUAACCAUCUUUCUGGACCUAUCCCUGCAUGGCUUGGCGAUUUUCAUAGGCUUGGAGAGCUGAAGUUCUCCUUUAAUGAAUUUCAUGGACCAAUUCCAUCUGAGCUUGAGAAUUGUAAAAAUUUACUCAUUCUUCAUCUUGACCAUAAUAGGCUUUCUGGCAGUAUACCUAUGCAGCUCGGCAACCUUCAGUCUUUAAAUGUUCUCUACUUGCAGAUGAAUAAUCUCUCUGGCCCAAUGCCUUAUUCUAUUGGAAAUUGCAACCAGCUUUAUGAUUUGAGGCUCUCACACAAUUCUUUGACAGGCUCAAUCCCAACGGAGGUUGGUAGGCUUACAAAUUUACAAGUGAUGCUAGAUUUGAGCGAUAACUUCUUAUCAGGAAGCAUUCCUCCUCCUCUUGGGAACUUGAUGAUGCUUGAGGUUCUGGACCUGUCCAGUAAUUGUCUUAGUGGCCAAGUCCCUUAUGAAAUUGUGGAGCUGAAAAGUUUGAAUGAGUUAAAUCUCUCCAACAAUUUUCUUCAGGGGCAGUUACCGUCAAGUGCUUCAAAAUGGCCUCGGACUUCUUUUCUCCAGAAUCCUGGUCUCCAUGGAAGGCCAUUGGAUUCAUGUUCAGGAGCUUGUUCAGAAAUUUCAAGAUCUACCGAGAAUCAACUGGCGAAUGGAGCAGUUGUUGGCAUCUCAAUUGCAAUUGUGUUGAGCUUCAUCCUUCUUGGGGGAAUUGUAUAUUGGGUUUUGAUGAAAAUUCAUGCUCUUUGGGAUAAACCUAUUUCAAAUUCUUCAUCUAGUUCAGUCAACAGGGCUAAGGGUUUUACUUCUGAAUUGAGCAAAGAAGCAUACAAGUGGACAAUUGGAAGCAUAGCUGAAGCAAAGGAUAAAGAUGUGAUUGGCUAUAAGAUUGACUCCUCUGCUUGCCAUGAUUUGCCUGACAGAAUAUGCAUAUGUCAUCAAAAUGGCUACCCUGAAGAAAAAGACACGCAAAAGGCAAUUUGUGGUGAAGGAAUCGGAAACUGGUUAGAUGGUUCUCUAUAA